AUGGCCAAAGAUGAUCCGGAUUCCCCAGGCCUGGUGUCUGGUCUUGUGAAAGAUACCUCGCGCUCCUCGCUGUAUCUUUUGUCGCUGUGCGCAUGUCUCUUCCUGGGUGGAUUAUAUCUCCGCAAGGCAGCCAACAAACCACUCCCCCCCGGCCCGUGUCCGCUUCCGAUCAUUGGAAACAUCCAUCAGCUUCUCUCAAAGCCUCUACCCGACGCAUUAUCUGAAUGGCACCAAAAAUAUGGGCCCCUGGUCAGAUUCCAAUCCGGCAACAGACUCAUGAUCAGCAUCGCCUCGGACGAUGUUUGCCAGGAUCUGAUGGUGCGGAAAGGUCCUCUCUACAACAGCCGUCCCGACAUUGUGGUUGCGGAGGAGGUUGAAAGCCUCCAGGUGAUGAUCGAUUUCCUCUCAUCGGACGACUUCUCAGCGAGCUUCCGCCGGUACGGCGCCAGCGUGACCAAUGCCCUAGGCUACGGGCGUCGACUUACCCACGAUGACGAGGCCGAGUUCCAUGAAGCUGAACAACUGGCCUACCGGCUGGUGGACGUGAUUGUGGCAGAUUUCCACUUUGCACUGGUCGAGAUCUUCCCGAUCCUCGACUACAUUUUGGGAUUCCUUGCACCCUGGAAGGCCUUCGGCAAAAAAUACUACACUGAAGCAACCUCAUUCUACUCCAGAAACCUACUCAAAGCCCAGUCCACCUCAUCAUGGAACUGGGUCAAACACAGUCUCACUCGUCCUCAAGCAAAGAACAUGUCGACUGACGGGCUCUCCAUGCUCUUUGGAACCGCUCUGCAAGCCGCUGUCGAAACUAUUCCUUCCAUCCUACGUGUCUUCGUGAAAGCCAUGCUCCUCCACCCGGAAAGCUUGGCCAAGGCACAAGCCGAAAUUGAUCAAGUCGUCGGCUCCGACCGUCUUCCCUCCUUUUCCGAUAAGCCUUCCCUCCCCUAUAUCAACGGUAUCGUGAAUGAAUGCUGCCGCUGGCAAGCCGUGCUAGCUCUCGGUUUUCCACACAGCACCACCGAUGACGAUGAGUACUGUGGCUAUCGCAUUCCCAAGGGCACGAUGCUAUUCGCCAAUGCAUGGGCCAUCGGCUUCGAUGAGGGCAUCUAUCAAAAUGCCCGCGACUUCCUUCCGGAGCGGUGGCUGGAGAACCCGGAGCUUCCCAAUAGUGCGGCCUUUGGUUAUGGCCCGCGCGUAUGCCCGGGUAAGUUCAUCGGUAUGGAUAGUUUGUUCAUCAACAUUGCCCGAAUGCUAUGGGGGUAUGAAUUUGCACAUGGUGAGCGGAAGGUGACACUUUGGGAUAUCGAUCACGCUUUCACCUCUAGCCCGCGUGAUUUCGAUGCCAAGUUGAGUAUUCGAAGUGUCAAGCAUCGCGAGACGCUGGAACAUGCGCAGUCAGUUACGGAAACUGAUGUUGAUGGGAUUCUUGCAAAGAUCGGGGAGGAUUUUCGGGCUUGAGGAGUUACAAGUACAUUGACAAGAG